UUACUCUUCAGUCAUACUCUUCGAUUUCUCUAUCCAUCAAUCAAUCGCCCACCAGCGUCGGCACUCUGGCAGCUCAGCCCAGGCGACGGCAGCAGGCCAACCGGAACGCCACGUCUCGAUGUAUCAUAUGUUGAUGGCCCUUGGCUGCGAAGUCGGGCAUAGCCGCGGCCUGUCCCCCCUGCACAUCACCUAGCACUCAGCCAGCCCGAGAGUAUGCCACAGAAUACCUUCUCCAUUAUACCCGAUAUACCUUCCGCCCUCAAUGCUAAUCGAAACGGCGGCCCCGACGACGCCGCGAGCGCCCGUCCGAGCCGACCCCCCAUGACCACCAAGCAGGUCAAGAAGGCAUAUAAACAGGCGAACAAGGGCCCCAAGCUCUCCAAGGCCGAGCAACGCCGCCAGGAGCUCUUCGAACAGGAUCGCAUCCGCAAGGAGUUUGAGAAGGAGAAGCACCAGGCCCGCGCUAGGGCUGCCCGCGAAAAGAAGAAAGAGAAGGAGGAGCGGGAGCGCGCUGAGAAGAAAAAGAAGGGCCUGCCUCUCGUUGAUGUCCGUGCUUCUCAGGAUACCAUCGCCCGUUUUGUUCGAUCCAAGCCGAAGAGCCAGAGGGAACCUAGUACCGGGCUCUUUCUCGCCGAAGAAGAAUGCCAAAUCGAUAUGGAGUAUCGGAGCUUAUCUCCGAAAGCCCAUGAUUCUAGCCGCUUGGGUUUGGCAGGAGAGUUGAACGAGAUUGACAAGGAGAACAUAGACCCUCGCGCUGAGUUGAAAAAGGGUUCUCCUACCAUGCAAUCGGCGCUCAUGGAGAAUGACUUUGUUGUGGACGAGGAACCUCCCAUUUGCGACUACUCAGAACCGCAGAAGAAGAAACGCAAAAUCGAGGUUUCAAAGGAACAGGAGGAAGACCUCAGUGCCCCAUUUCCCACAACCAACGGAAUUGCUUCACCAAAACCCGACCACAAGGUAUCAAUAGCCAAUGACCAAGUGAAAGGGACUCCUGAUCCCAACGCGCAGCACCGUGAAUUGAAUCUUGGUGACAGCUUCUCAACGGUCGAUUUUGACGAGGAAGACCUUUUUGAUGAUUUUUUUCGCAAACCAGAGAGUGUACAUAGUCCCGCAAAUGCAUCAACCAAGAGCAUGUCUAGCCAGAAACAAAGUCAGCACCCCCAAACUGAGUCUCCCCCGCCCAAAGCACAUGACAAUGGGACCCAUCUAUCAUCGCUGCAGAAAACCGAGAAAGCCUCUUGCCCAGAUUUCAUAGGAGGACCGGCGAACCCAUUGUCAUCUUCCCGGCAGGAAGCCCAUUCCGCCUCUCCGAGGAGUGCGGUAAAAGCACCCUAUCAUGCUUCAAACCCCGACCAGAACAAUCGAGUGCUCACACCCAGUCCCGCCAUCAAGCCACCAGUUGCAAGCAUACCAACACCUCAGCCAGUUGCUUCAAGCUCGCGAUCUUUUCGCCAACCUCGAACGCCUAUGGGGCCCCUUAUGGGUCCUCCAAAGUUUCAGCCUUCCAAGCCGAUCUCUUCUCAUCAGCCUAAACCGCCUCAAUUUCUUAAACCCCCCUUGCCUUCUCCUCGCACCCCUUUUGGAGGACCCUGCCGUUCUCGCGUCACCAAGCCGGAGCAGGUCUUGGAAGAGCCACCGCCGCCGAGCACGCAGCUUUUCGUGCUCAAUCACCUCGAUGACUUUCUUCCUAGUCCUUCGCAAGAAAUGCGUGAGAUCUUCGAUGAGCCAAAAAAAGAAUAUUCUAAAAACGGAAGUAUACAAGCUCCAUGGAUGACCACGCAUACUGGACAUAAAGUGUCCGAGCCGAAACCACGUGUCUCGCAAGUGCCCCCCAUUUCGUACAAUAGGCCUAUGAUUUCCAAACCAGCUAUCAGCCCAGGGCGAUCUCUUCUCACUCAACCGGUUGCGAAUCGUCACGAACAUCAAGGAGCUUCAUCCCAUCAAUCCAUCCAGCCUAUACAUUCAAACUUAAAAAACACAUUUGACGUGCCUUUCUUCUCUACGCAAGACGUUUUACUAUCUUCUCAGGAUGUCAAAGAUAUCGAGGAGGAUCCUCUGCCACCGCCCAAGACUCCAGCCAUCACUCCCACGCCCCAGAGAGACGAUCCUAAGCCACCAGAGUCGCCCCGGCGCUCACCAAAACCAUUAUUUACAUCAUCCUUUCGUGAAAUGCGAUACAAGUUUGUGCUUGAGCGAGCUAAAUCGGCGAGAUGGGAAGGCCCUGCUGCCCGACAGAAAGCACGCGAAGCACUAGACAAGCUUCAGGCGGAAGAAGAUGCACGACUCGAGGCACUUCUUGCUAAUCCCGACGGAGAGGGAGAAGGGGAACAGACCAAGGGAGUUGCUACAGAAAGCGCCGCGAAUAAACCCGAGUCAUCAAGGAAAUCCUCGCCAGAUACCCUACCUCGCCUCAAGCCCACGCCUCAGGCUCCGUCUUCUCACCCUGCUGAAUUCGAUUCAGCUAGUAAGAGCGCACGGAACUCGCUUCCUACCUCAGGUUCAGUCCCAGAUAGAGCUGUGCGAAACCCCACGCGCAAGUUCCCUGAUGCGCAGCCAUCGAGACUGAGAAGUAGUGGGAACGGGGGCGGUAGCAGCAGAACAACCCAGCGGCCUACUUCUCGGCCCAAGAGCUCAUAUGAAGCGAUGCUGGAAGCACUAGCAGCUAAGGAAUCUGUGCCGCCGCCGCCGAUAGAUCAACAGAAGCAGAAGCAGAAGAAGCAGCUAUCAAGCGCACAUCUCACUGAAGAACAGAAAAGGGGUGGAGAUGCUGUGGUACAGCUUGAGCGUAUGAGUGAGGACAAACAAAUACCUUUUAGUGAAAAUAACGCGGCGACGACGAUGAAGACGGGGAUGAUCAUGAUAACCGCGUCUCAGGAGACGGAUUAUGAUGGCGGAGAGGAAUGGGACGAUGACGAUUUAUUACGCAAUGUGAUGUUGUGAUGUGAACGGGGUAUCGGUAUCGGUAUCUUUUUUUUUGUCCCUCAUAUUCUAGGCUUUUCGAUGAAUUCUUCUUUCCGUUUACAUAUCUACCUACCUACAUAGGACGGGGGAAGCGGGUGUACCUAUGUGUUCAUACAACCUUUCGUUAUGCCGGUGGGAGGUAUGUGUGCUCGCACUUGGUCGCAGAUAGGGGAACUAGAUGAACGGUAUGGGGUGUCAUCGGGAUUAAAUUAGGGGUUUCGGUGAUGCAUAGCCUGGGGCGUAGGAUACCUAAGAUUCGGAGUUCGGAGUUCGGGCUUGAUAUAGGUAAUAAAUAUAAGAUAUGAAUACAUGGUAGAUCGCAUCAAUGGGUCUGUUUUAUUAUUUUUGGAGGUGUUAUAGGUGUUAAUUGCCCACCUAUCUACCUACCUACUCGCCUACCUAUAUACAAUAUAUAUAUAAAGCUGUGAAACUACCUACCUGCUACAUUUAUUAUGUGACACUGGAUUGCUGGCUUCUCUAACACGGUUGAUUGUUGACAUGUAGAUGAUAUCUAGAUAGGUAAGUCGGUAUGUAGGUAUAGAAGCGCCAGCGAAUCAACCUAAUAGGUUAGGUAAAUAUAGAUAAAGAAAAGACGGAAGAAAUAUUAUAAGAUGAUGAAGUGAGU